AUGCCUCAUGAACGUCGUGACUCCCUGACCAAGGGAGAAAAAACUCUCCAUGAUCAAUCCAACCUUCUUCCCAAGAGACAAUUAAUCUUCUGCCUGUGUAUCGUGUCCAUUGCACAGCUUAUCUCCUUUAUGGAUCAAAAUGGCAUCUCUACUGCUUUACCCACGAUUGCUAUUGAUCUCAACGCCCGCAACACCAUUUCCUGGGCUGGAACGGCCUCGCUUCUCGCGAACACCACCUUUCAGAUGCUCUACGGCCGAUUAUCUGAUAUAUUUGGCCGGAAAACUAUCUUUGUCUCUGCCAUCCUGCUACUUGCCAUCGGUGACCUAGUAUGUGGCUUCAGCACCAAUGCGACCAUGUUUUAUGUUUUUCGUGGCGUUGCUGGAAUUGGCAGCGGUGGGAUCACGAACCUGGCCAUGAUAAUUGUUUCGGAUGUCGUUACACUUGAACAGAGAGGGAAGUAUCAGGGAAUCAUUGGAAGUAUGAUUGGUCUUGGCAGCGUAACGGGCCCCUUUCUUGCCGCUGGCUUUGUAUCACGAGGAACGUGGCGGGGCCUUUUCUGGAUGCUCGCGCCCAUGGGUGCUCUGAAUGCAUUAUUGGCAGCCUGUUGUCUGCCCUCCAAAAAGUCCGUGACAACAUUCCAAGAGGGCAUGAAGAAAGUUGAUUACUUCGGAGUACUUACAUCGUCGGUCGGGACAAUAUUUUUGCUCAUUCCCAUCUCAGGGGGCGGUGCAUAUUUCCCAUGGAAUUCAGCUCUAGUGAUCAGCAUGCUCGCCAUAGGCACCGUUUCGUUGGUGCUUUUUGUUCUUGUCGAAUGGAAAUUAGCGAAAAUCCCGAUGAUGCCAGUCUCAAUGUACCGCAACCCGGCGAUCGUCAUCUUACUGACCCAAAGCUUCGUACUUGGGGCCGUCUAUCAAUCGGCGGUAUACUAUAUUCCACUCUAUUUACAAAAUGCGCAUCAGUAUUCCGCCAUCGUCUCCGCCGCUAUCUUCGCUCCCUUGGCUGGUAUUCAAGCGGUGAUGUCCACGCUCUCUGGCCUUUGGAUCACCAGAUUCAAAAAUUAUGGGUUUGUCAUUCGGUUUGGCUUUGGGAUGUGGACACUUGGCACCGGACUGGCAUUGAUCUAUGGAAGGCAAACAUCCCCAGCUGUCUUGGUAGUAAUCCACCUGGUCGCGGGCAUUGGCAUCGGCUGUGUGUUUCAACCUAUGCUAGUCGCUCUGCAAGCUCACUCGACAAAGGCGAGGAGAGCAGUCAUAAUUUCGAAUCGUAACUUUAACCGCAGUGCGGGCGGUGCAUGUGGUCUUGCGAUCUCAGCUGCAGUCUUACAAGCACGACUCCGGGCGACUUUGCCCGCCGACUACAGUUAUAUGGUGGAUUCCACGUACGCAUUACCCAAACUUGACGGUGCAACCCCCUCUGCUGUGCUAGAUGCAUAUAUGGCUGCUAGCCAUACAGUGUUCAUCGUGCAAUUGCCUCUAAUUGCAUUAUGCUUUGUGGGAUCAAUGUUCGUCAAGGACAGGGGCUUAGCGCCAAAGGAUUAG